GUGCAGUUCUGAAUAAAUGGAACCUGAAAAUGACAGUGGAGCAAAGCAAAAAUAAGGCGCUUUGCAAUAAACUGUUGUCGGUUGUUCUACCUGAUGCUAUUAAGUUCACAAAAAUGCUUUUUGAGUCUGCCAUCUUCAACUUCCAGAGUCUUCUGACUGUAAUCUUGUUGCUCAUAUGUACCUGUGCCUAUAUCAGAUCCUUGGCUCCCAGCUUACUGGACAAGAAUAAAACUGGACUAUUGGGAAUAUUCUGGAAAUGCGCCAGGAUUGGUGAACGAAAGAGCCCCUACGUAGCUGUGUGCUGUGUGGUGAUGGCCUUCAGCAUUCUGUUUGUACAGUAGCAACUGGAGGUUGUCCCUUAUACUGUGCUACCAAACAGCAAAGCAUGGAAGAAAUUACAGCAGGAAAAAAUUGAGAAGCAUCAUCAGCUCUCCUCCCACAUGCUGGAUAGCCAGUCUCUUGGUGAUCAUAAUGUAACUAAAUCCAGAAUCGUACAUAGAUAAUAAUGUCACAUCAGUACUGAAACUGCUGAUGUAACUGUUAAAAAGAUGUCUGUUGUGUUUUUGAGUUCCACAAGAAUAUAUUUUGUAACAUGCAAUUGAAAAGGUUUUUAAUGUUUUUGUUUGAUAGACCUGUUUAAUUAAAUUUAACAAUUAUACAUCUGGCAAUAGAACCACUCUUGUAAGAAUGAAGAACAUUACAGAAUAUGUUUACUGAGUAUUUUCAGUUCUUAAUGUCUGAACAGUUCCUGUGAUAUUGCAAUAGGUAUGAUCACAUGUUUAAAAUAGAUCUCUUAAAUGUCUAAGUCACAUUCAGCUUUCAUUUUCUAAUCUUGCAGUUUCUUAAUCUAUCAAUAUUUCUGUUGUUAAGAUAAAAUAUAAAUAAGGAUGGGGAUCAUAAAUGUAGUGAAGUCUGACUUAUCUGCUGAGGAUACACAAAUGUAGGAUUUGAAAGCCAGGACUAUUCUGUGUGUGUGUAUGUGUAUCUUUACAGAUCAAGCUCACAAGUGAAUCAUUCCCUAAUAUUUUUUCUUUUUUCCUUUAGUGGCUCUACUACUGUUCCUAAGGCAUUUAAUACAAGGCUGUUAAGUCAGCUGAGGGAAUAGUUAGCUUCUCAGUAGUCCAGAGAUAGGAAAGUUGUAUGUCCUAAUGUUCUAAGGGUUUAAGAGAAAAGAAAAAAAAAAAAAAAAGAAAAAAAAAAAUUUACACUCACUAUUAGUAAAAAUGAAAUAAACCUCAUUAUUAUUUGCCUUUAGUUUUUAUUCUAGUUUUUUAAACUUCUAGAAAUUUAGUAACUUAUUUCAGUAGUGCCUAAGAAAUGUAUUUAUACCACCCAGCUAUAUGACUUCAUAUUGACUGCAUUUGAGAGAGUUAUUGUCAGCAGUAUUUUGGGUUGUUCUGAAAAGGUAUGUGAUCAGAAUGAGCUUAGCUGGCAAUAAAACUAUCUGAAUGGUA